ACGUACAAUAUGUAUAUAAUAGGAGAAUAGAAAUCUGAACUUCUUUUCAACGCCGCCCAUUUCGUUGAUAUUGGAAGCGGUUUCUAUCCUUAGAUGACGAUCUUAACCACCCUCUCCAAUGGUCAUCUCCAAUACUAACUUGAAGAACUUAAGAAUUAUGGAAGACGACAGAAUUAGCCUUCUUCCAGACUCUCUUCUUCAUCACAUUCUCUCCACCUUCAACACAAAAUUCGUUGUCCAAACUUGUCUUCUCUCCAAACGAUGGAAAACCCUUUGGACUCUCAUCCCCACUCUCAACUUUGAUUACAACUCUUUCUCCUCCUCGUCAUCAUUCAAUUAUGACGACGAGGAAUCCAAACGAAGAUCCUUCAAGUUCUUCAUCUUUCGAGUUCUAUCAAAACACUGCGCCACUGACAUUCAAAAACUCACCUACACUUCCUCUCCAAACGGAGAUGAAUCUGUUUUAGUUGAAUUGUUGAUAUGCUAUGCUGGCUCCCACAAUGUCCAACAACUUUGCGUAAAUACUUACAAUAUUGGUAUCUAUGAGUGGGAUUACUGUUUUCCCAUAUGUUCAUCACUCAUUGAAUUGAAGAUGGUCUGUGGGUUUGUGGAUGAUUGGGGAGUCUUGGCCUUACCAUCCUUGAAAAUAUUAGAAAUCCAAUGUGAUUGGUCUGCACGGGAUGAGAGAGCAAAUUACGAUGGAAUUACAAUGUUUUCUGGAUGUCCAAAUUUGGAAUCUUUGGUUUUGGUUGACUAUCUUUUCGAGAGUGCUACUAUUUCUGCUCCUAGACUUGAGAACUUUAAACUAUGUGCUUCUCAUGACAUGGAAUUAACUUUUCCCCAAGUUGAAUUGCUUACACCCACUCUCAAAGCUGUCAAUUUUGUCAAUGUGUUGCCUGUUCUCGAGUCUGAUUCAGAAUUUUCAUGCAUACAGAAAGUAGAUAUACAACUUAAAGAUUCUGUUUUUACAACGGAUGGCUCACAAACACAAGAGUUAAAAUCAAAAUUCAUAGAUUUACUCAGUGUGUUGCAUAAUGCAAGCUCAUUCACAUUACCUAUGAAGGCAACACAGGUCAUUUCGUCGUAUAAAGAACUAUCUUUUCACAAUAUGAGACAUUUGAGGUUGAAAACAAAGGAGUCUGACUUACUAUUGAAGCAUUUACUAAAAGCCCCCAAAUUGGAGACCAUUGUUGUUCUCAAUGAGGAUAUAUAUAUGUAGAAACAUUAUUGCAUGUGGGAUGCUUCUUUUUGUUGAGACGUUGUCAAAUGGCUUGCCAUGGAGGAUAAUAUACCCUUUAAUUUUACGCUUUCUUUUGGUGGGAUUUUUGGUGAUUUUCUACUUAGGCUUAUGUUAUGUUUGUUUUAAUAUUUAAUUAUUUUCAACUAUGGGUUUAUAUAUAUAUAUAUAUAUAUAUAUGGCAAAAGAACUAAUCCAAGGCUUCUCCUCUCUUUCUUUCAUUGUGUAUGUGUGUGUGUGAAUAUCUAUACACUACGUGUUGGAUUGGAUUGGCUAUGCAUGUGUCUGUUUUGUGUGUGUUUACUCCUUCACUAUCAUAGUUUGGACGUAUGUAAUGGAGUGUAAUUCUAAUUCUCAACUCAAUUUUCUCUUUUUCGAUCA